AUGAAGGGUCAUUGGGACAAACUCUUUCAGAAACUGUCUCAACAGCUCCAAUUUUCUGAGGGUACAGCUGAUGGCGGCAGCAACGCCCAGAGAUUCUUGCUGGCAACCGGAGGAGACGUGGGAAGUUCCUCACAGGCGUUAGGAGCUGGACUCGGGGGCGUCGGCGGGAGUGGUGGAGGGAGAUCCUCACAGGCGCCGGUUCCGGCUCCGAGGGAAUCGGCGGCCAACGGGCGUAGUCUUGAGCGCAGGAAGCUCGAUAUUGCCCUUGAACAUUAUGAAAAUCGAGACCUUCACAAAGCAAGACGUACCCUCACGGGGGCUGGCCUACGGACUGAUGACUUCGAUCAGAUUUACCACGACACUCUUGAGAAGUUCCCUCACAGCCCCAGCCCUGUUUCCUUGCUUGACCCAGGCAACCUUCAAGCUUCCCGUCAUCAGCUCAUAUUCGGAGAGGCCUCGGGCGACGACGAAGAUACAGACUCUGAAUCUCUCUUGGAUGCCAUCCUUCAUGAGAAGCAUGUCAAUAAGGUCCUGAGUAAAUUCACCAAGUCAGCUGCAGCGGAUCUUACAGGAUGGCGACCUUUUCAGUUCUUGCGCCCUAUCCUCCGAAUGGACGAGGCUACCAAGGAUGCCUACAAGAACUUCAUUCUGAAACCUCUACUCUUGGGGUAUGGCACCGGAAUUGACCAGAUCGAUAGCCUUCUGCGGGGGGGAAUAUACUACCCAGCUGCCAAGCCGGGUAAACCUGGUUUACGCCCAAUUAUCAUAGGAAGCCUGCAGAGGCGAUUGAGCUCUAGCCUCUUCACUCGCUACCACCGCUCUGACCUUACCCACUUCUUCACUCAGGCUCAUCCUCGGGUGAUUCAGCACUCGGGCGUGCACGCUAGGGCCUUUCACGCAUCAGCACAUUCCGUCGGAGGCGACGUUGCUCGCCUAUGA